CGCGACGGCGCAUGUGAAAAUUGUAUCAAUUCUAUCAAUCGAUCUUGGAUUACCAAAACAUAAAGUUGACAAGCUAUAUAAAGCUUAGAUGAGACUGCUAGUACUUAGUCAAUUUAUUUACAACUAAAUCAUAACAAUCCUGAUCCAACACAAAUCUAUAGGAUGAGUCUUCCGCAGUAUAAGAAGGACUUCCUACGGGCUGCCGUCGAGGGCGGCGCCCUACGGUUCGGGUCUUUCGAAUUGAAGUCGAAGCGGAUAUCGCCAUACUUCUUCAAUGCGGGUGACUUCUAUACUGGCGAGCUGCAUGAGCCCAUCAUGGAUGCAUAUGCCCAGACUAUCGCCACAAGCGAGCUGGCCGAUGGUUUCGAUGUUAUCUUCGGCCCGGCUUAUAAGGGUAUCCCAUUGGCUGCCACCGUAUUCUACGCCUUGAUUAAGCUAGACCGCGCCAAGUACCGCCACGCCGCCUAUAGCUUCGAUCGAAAGGAAGCGAAGGAUCAUGGCGAGGGCGGCAGCAUCGUCGGAUCGCCGCUAAAAGAUAAGCGUGUUCUCAUCAUCGACGACGUCGUGUCCGCUGGCACUGCCAAACGCCAGGCCAUCGACAUGAUCCGGGCCGCCGGUGGCACUGUCGUGGGCAUUAUUGUCGCUUUAGAUCGCCAGGAAACCUUACCAGAGGGCGACGGCAAGACAAGCGCCAUCGGCCAGCUGAAGAAGGAGUAUCAGAUCCCUAUCAUCCCUAUCGUGAAGCUCGACGACAUAAUCGAGGGUAUGAAGGGUAUUAUCUCGGAAGCCGAUAUCAAGAGCAUCGAGGAGUAUCGUGCUAAGUACGGAGCCAGCGAUUGAUUGGUUAAUGUCACGAAGAGCGCGUUGCUCGAGUCAUCAUCGUUAAGGUGGUUAUUAUUAGACACGGGUAGGUUUCCGAUGAUCGAUGCAAGAUCGAGACGGACCGUUCAAAAAAAUCGUAGAUUAAAUAAAUUACCCAGGUAGAUAAAAAAAGUAAAAUGUUUAUGCAGUGAGAGCUGCCUGUCGUUGGAAGUCGACAGGUACCUACUAUGUAUACCUACUAUGUACAGACGCCGACGGAGAAGCAUUGUCCAAUAGGCUUUUACUUGAGUAUACGAUACCCCUUUUCCCCUUUCCGGCGGAGAAUUAAAGAAUAUGCAUUUAUACGGC